AGAUGCAUGAAGAUUCAGCUGAGAAGAUACUAUAAAACAGGAAAACAGGGCAUGAGACAGAAGCAACCCGGCAUUGUCAGUGCUAAGAGGGCUAAGUCAGUUUGAUUGCUAUACAAGGUAAAAGAAAAAAUACAUUGAAUUUGGCAUCUUAUUGAAGUCACAGAUAAUGUGGACUUAUUUUUUGCCAUUAUUUCUUUGGACAUAUAUGUUCCAUGCAGUUGAUGCCAUUCCAUUACAAGAAAAAGGUAACAAUUAUUUACCAAGCAAAAAGACAUUGGAUUUGACAAAAGAGAAUGGUAAAAUAUUACGUCGCAGCAAACGUGGCUGGAUGUGGAAUCAGUUCUUCUUGUUGGAAGAGUACACAGGUACAGACACUCAAUAUGUCGGCAAGCUUCACACUGACCAAGAUAAAGGAGAUGGAAACUUAAAAUACAUAUUAACAGGAGAUGGAGCUGGCAGUCUUUUCGUUAUAGAUGAAAACACAGGAGACAUUCAUGCUAUAAAGAAAUUAGACAGAGAAGAAAAAUCCUUAUACAUUCUUCGUGCCAAAGCUAUAGACAGAAAGACUGGUCGGCAGGUGGAACCUGAAUCAGAAUUUAUUAUUAAAAUCCAUGAUAUCAAUGACAAUGAACCAAAAUUUGCCAAAGCUGUAUAUAUUGCCAGUGUUCCUGAAAUGUCUGGAGUUGGUACAUCUGUUAUACAAGUGACUGCAACAGAUGCAGAUGAUGCUAACUACGGAAACAGUGCUAAAGUGGUCUACAGUAUAUUGCAAGGACAGCCAUACUUUUCUGUGGACCCAGAAUCAGGCGUAAUAAAAACGGCAUUACCAGACAUGAGCAGAGAAAAGAGAGAGCAGUACCAGGUGAUUAUACAGGCCAAAGACAUGGGAGGCCAAAUGGGUGGCCUUUCUGGAACCACCACAGUGAACAUCACCCUGACAGACGUCAACAACAGUCCUCCUCGGUUCCCCCAGAGUUCUUAUCAAUUCAAUUCUCUUGAGUCUGUGCCUCUUGGAACUCAUCUUGGCAGGAUAAAAGCCAAUGACCCUGAUGUUGGAGAAAAUGCUGAUAUGGAAUACAGUAUUGCUCAAGGAGAUGGGGCAGACAUGUUCGAUGUCAUCACUGACAAGGAUACACAGGAAGGCAUUAUAACUGUCAAACAGAAUUUAGAUUUUGAAAAGAAAAUGAUGUAUACUUUAAGAGUGGAUGCAAGUAACACUCACCCUGAUCCAAGAUUCUCACACCUCGGGCCUUUCAAAGACACAGCGUUGGUCAAAAUAUCUGUGGAAGACAUAGAUGAACCGCCAGUGUUCAGCAAAAUGUCUUACUUGAUAGAAGUAGAUGAAGAUGUAAAGGAAGGCAGCAUCAUUGGUCAGGUUACAGCAUAUGAUCCAGAUGCUAUGAACAAUUUAGUAAAAUACACUGUGGACCGGCACACUGAUAUGGACCAGACUUUUAGUAUCCAUUCUGAAAAUGGCUCUAUUUUCACGUUGAAGUCUCUUGACAGGGAAUCAUACCCUUGGCACAACAUCACUGUGACAGCCACAGAAAUAAAUAAUCCAAACCAAAGUAGCCAAAUUCCUGUUUUCAUCAGAAUUUUAGAUAUAAAUGACCAUGCACCAGAAUUUGCCACAUACUAUGAAACAUUUGUUUGCGAAAAUGCAAAGCCUGGUCAGUUGAUUCAGACCGUUAGCGUCAUGGACAAAGACGACCCUCCACGAGGCCACAAAUUCUUUUUUGAACCAGUACCAGAAUUUCCCUUCAAUCCCAACUUCACCAUCAUAGACAAUAAAGAUAAUACAGCAGGAAUCAUGACUCGGAAAGACGGGUAUAGCCGUAACAGAAUGAGCACCUAUCUAUUACCAAUUUUAAUAUUUGACAAUGAUUAUCCAAUUCAAAGCAGUACUGGCACACUCACCAUUCGAGUUUGUGCCUGUGACAACCAAGGAAACAUGCAAUCCUGCAACGCAGAAGCCUUGAUCCUCUCAGCGGGCCUGAGCACGGGGGCUCUCAUCGCCAUUCUUCUAUGCGUCCUCAUACUGUUAAUUUUAGUUGUACUGUUUGCUGCACUGAAGAGGCAAAGGAAAAAGGAACCACUAAUAAUUUCAAAAGACGAUGUCAGAGACAACAUUGUGACUUAUAAUGAUGAAGGGGGCGGGGAAGAAGAUACUCAAGCUUUUGAUAUAGGAGCGCUAAGGAAUCCUGAAGCCAGAGAAGACAGUCAACUUAGAAGGGAUAUAAUGCCUGAAACUAUCUUUCAGAUAAGGAGAACUGUGCCUCUGUGGGAAAAUAUUGACGUACAAGAUUUUAUCCAUCGAAGAUUAAAAGAAAAUGAUUCAGACCCAAGUGCACCUCCUUAUGAUUCACUGGCAACUUAUGCCUAUGAAGGCAAUGACUCCAUAGCAGAUUCACUCAGUUCUUUGGAAUCUUUCACAGCAGAGUGUAAUCAAGAUUAUGGUUACCUCAGUGACUGGGGACCUCGCUUUAAAAAAUUGGCUGAUCUGUAUGGGGGUGAUGAUAGUGAUCGAGAGUAAGAGUACUUUAUGACUUGAUCAUUAUUAGCAGAAGUACUAUCUUUGUUACUAGGUUGAGUGACCUGAAUUCUCCUUCUGGAAGGAAAUUAAAAAAAAAAAAAAAAAAUUAAAAUAACAAACAAUACUUAGGUGUUGUCUUAGUAAAGGUUUUCAUAAUCAGUAAGUUUCUGUGAAUGAAUACGAAUGACAUAGAUUAAAUAAUAAUAAUAAUAAUAAUAAUAAUGAGUUCACCCUCCUUGCCUAACAAUAUCUUAAGGAAAAUAUAUCACAUGAAUAAUCAAUAAAAAAAAUACUUUAAAGGCUUUUUGUGCCUUUUUCUUAACUCUAAGAACUUUAUAAAUGUUUUCCUAAUUGACUUCUUGAAACAUUGUACAACUACUUUGUAAACUGAUAUGAAAAUAUAUAUAUACUUAAAAAAAGGAAUGACUAUUACUGCCAUAUUUAUUUAGUUGAAGGAUGUCUUUGUGUUAAUUCAUUCAUAUUUUUAUAAAUGUAUAUUUCUAUUUUUGUAUUUUUAUGAAAUAAACUGGUAUUUAUAGAA